ACCGGAAGUAGUAGUAAAUGUUUGUUAUGAUUGCUGUCAGCUGCCUUCUAUUCACAUGAUUACAAUACGUUCACCGGCCAGCUUUUCGAUAUAUAUUUAACAUAAAUGCGUUAAAGUUAUGUGUACUUAUACUUUAUAACGCACAGGUCAUGUGUGUGCUCCUCUAGUUUGAUCAGAGUUCGGAGGAUAAUAUUAUUGCUCUUUUAGCAUUUAGUUUCCGGUUAGCAGCUAGCUAUUGAAAUGCUAUUUUACCAAUGAAUAUCGUGUUUAUAGUUUGUAAACAUGGACAGGAUCAUUAAAGACGUCGGUGAUAUCCAGUCUCGACUGUUUGACCACAGACCCAUUGUCAAUGCAGAGAUCCGAUACUUUGUCAAAGAGUUCGAGGAGAAAAGAGGACAAAGGGAGAGCAGACUGCUGGAGAACCUCCACAAAAUGGUGCACGAAACAAACGAGAAAAUGCUUCCUGAAAAUUUGGAAGGCAUGAAGCAGCAGUUGUCUGACGUCAUUAGUCGAUUGGAGGCUGCUAAUCACAUGGCAAAAAGAAUCCAGCAGAGGGAGCUUAAAGCAGAGCAGAGUGUCCAACUCCAGGAAAACAUGGAGCAUAUGAAAGAAGAGUGGGCAGACUUUCUGAAAGAGCAGCAGAGGCUAAAGGAAGAAGUGGAAGAAGAACAUGCCAAGGCUGUGGGACAACUCAGCACUCAUUACAGUGAGAAAAAGAAGGAUCUGGAUAAGUUAUUAUUAGAUGUUUAGCAAUGCAAUUUGAUCCACACAAACCUUAAUUGUCAGUCCAGCAUUAUCAGAAAAACAAAGAUCUUUUUAAAGUUGUCCACAUUUUUUUUUUUUUUUUUUUACUAUCAUGUAAUUAUAUUUAAUUUAAAUUAAAAUGGCGGGUUAAAACGUUUUUUAAAUCUGGGGGGAAAUCACUUCCACAAAAUUGGCAUGCUUAAUCCAAAGGAUUGCAGUAUAUUUUUGAUAAUAGAAUUGUAUUUUUAAGUUUACUAGCAUAAGAUGACAUUUAAGUUGAUGAAAAUGUAAGUCACCAACCUCGCCACUAGGGGAUGCAAGUACACUGUUAAUGUGUGUGUGUGUGUGUCCUUGACAGGGUAAUAGAUUAAAUGAGACUAUCCAGAUGUGUGGUAAUCUUCUGCACACCUACAUGUAACACAGACACAUGAAGGAUUUUGUACUUCUAGAAGUUUCCAUAUUUUGCACUAAAAGUGUUUGAUGGAGGCAGACCUCCAAAUAAAUUAGAAUAAAGCUGCUCAGGUGCAAGCUCCCCCCACCCCUCUACUUGGCUCAUGGCUCCUUAAACUCUCAUGCAAGGUCACGCUUUGUUUCCUUUGUGUGUGUAUAUAUAUAUAUAUAUAUAUAUAUAUAUAUAUAUAUGUAUGUGUGUGUGUGUGUGGUAAAGAGUCAGGAAUGGCAGAAGGUGGUAGUCUAGGUGUCAGGAGAUCAAAGAGGGCAUGGCCACGCCAGCAGAUGUUCGCAGGAAAAGGGCCAACCCUAAUUUGCUCUGUGCGCACUUCACUGAGGUGUAUGUGUGGCGGUGCAGCUGUCCAAGGUGGAGACAGCUCAUCAUCGCCUAAUAAGCAGUGACAAGACGGAAACAUGGCUGCCCUCUGCCAGCUAGGCACCUUUUUCAUCUGCCCUUGUUUAUUUUUUGGUUUGACUGGAAAGCAAGAAAAACAGGGCCUGUGAAAGGUCACAUCCACAAGUGGAGAAAGACGAGGGCGAGGUUUCUUCUUAGGACUGACGUGACAAUGUUCACCACUCGCUUUUCUAAUGAAUUUGAACUCGAGCUGGAUGCUGGCGCAUUAAGACCACCUUCCUAUACCUACUUAUUUAUCUACCACGGACCUUUCAUCUUUCCAUAUCAAACCUGCUAAUUUACACAAUAAUCCUUCCUUUAUUGCCAUUAACUGACUGGUAGAAAUUAUUAAUGAAUUGAAUAUUGUCGGAGCUAGUGCAUAAAAACUGUUUACGUCCCCGAAAUACAAUUUCUAACAUUGAGACAUGAGUUAAAACCCACAUAGUCACCUUCACACUCUUAAUCGAAUAUACUAAUAUAGUAAUGUUGCCUGAUGCUAAGCCAAUCAGUGGCCAUGAUCCUGAACAGCACUCUCUGACUGGUUUGGUCUUAGUCUCUAGUGACCACUACUUUAGUAUUGCUGUUUUUAGGUAAGUUUGCCAAUGUUAUGCCUAAAAAUGUUUAGUAGAGGUCAUAAAUACGGAAUCUAGCAAAUGCGGAAAGGGGUGACUACCUAACUACCAUAAGCACUAUGUGGUUGUUUAAGGCCACAAUCAAUCACAUUAUUAUGGCAUACAGAUUUUGGAUAUAUAUUUUUUUCUUUUUUAAUGCUUUAGUUUUAAAAUAUGUCAAAGUUCAAUACAAUUAUUGUUUGAAUCCGAUUAGGAAUUAGGAUGCUACUUACACCCCUGUUAGAAAAUACAAAAUAGUUAAUUCCUCUUAAGAAACCUAGCAUUGAACACUUCAACACAGACUGCAUAAUGUCAUCAAAGCUCACAUUCGCACCAACAUUUGGGAACAAGGAUGAGGUAAUAUGAGAAAGAGAAAAAAACAUGUAUUUUUGUGGCAACAGACAGUUUUUGUGUAAAUAUUUUGCAUCUCAUAUCACAUAAUUGUGAUGCGUUCAAGGACUUUUAUCACUCAUUUUGUAAGACGUGAGGUAGGCUAAACCCCCCAAUAGAUGCACUACUACUACUACAGAAUUAUGACCGGUUGUAUGAUUAAGUCACAAAUCCUGGGGACGUAUAAGCUGCAUGCAAAAACAUGACAAAGGUAAAAUACAUGUGUUAAUAAAAAUUUAGUUUCAACCAUCUUAAGUCAAUUAGUUUUUAGUGCUUAUGAACAUACCGUGUGUGUGUGUGUGUGUGUGUGUGUGUGUGUGUGUGUGUGUGUGUGUGUGUGUGUGUGUGUGUGUGUGUGUGUGUGUGUGUGUGUGUGUGUGUGUGUGUGUGUGUGUGUGUGUGUGUGUGUGUGUGUGUGUGUGUGUGUGUGUGUGUGUGUGUGUGAAAAAAAAGAUAUUAAAGACCAAAAUGGGGCCACAAAAAGCUCCUGUAACACCAUCUAGCCUCAUACCUAUACAUUUUGUAAAUCUAUGCCUCCAGACCCAUCUACAGCUAACAACCUACAUGUGUGUAUCUUUAUACGCAUCUACUGUACCUACCUCCUAACAUUUCUGCUUCCAGCUCGCAUACUAAUAUAGUGGUGGCGUCAGUCAAAACACUCUCAUUGUUAACAAGUGAGCAGUGUGUUGUAGUUCCUGUUCGUCGGGGACACGAACGCCAUAAAGUUGCGGUGCUGCGUGCCAACAUAAAUGCUAAAUAAAGGAAAGUGUGCAGCAGUCUGGAGCCGUAGAAGAUAAGGGGACUGCAACCAUUCAGCUUUGAAAUACCUGAUACAAAGCCUUUUUAAAACAGUUUGUGGCGUCAUAAUGUACCCGCUUUGUCACGCUUGCUUUUCACUCUUAUGACUCCAACUUUGGGAACUACCACCAACAAACUUCAACGUUGUGCUGUAUCCUCCUUCAAAGUCUCAAUUAUAGCAAACUAAUGUGAGAUCGGAACGUCCUUAAAGAAACAAAAAUUCCCAAGGAGCGCUAAAGUUUCAACCAAACUUUGCAUUUUCUCCGCAGCCUCUGUGAUCACUUUUCACUGGGGUGGACAAAUGAGAAAAAGCAGGUCUUCAGGACACAAGUUGAGUGCGGGAAGAAUGGGACGUGAGCUAUUUGAUUCACCCCAGCUUUCCUGGCAGCUUAUGAGAACUCUCAGCCUAUUUUUUCCCCCCUAUUGUGCUGCAAGAUGGGCCCCUGUUACUCAAUUACGGAGGGUCCCGAAUGAAAAUGCCAGCGAACAAAAGCCUUUGCUUCCAAGUUAAUAAGCCCAGCAUAACAACACUCCAGGGUAGCACUGAUGCUUCCUGGGUGGAUGGCAAUGCAGGUGCUGAUAUGAAUUCUUUGGCUCUGGAGAAUGUUCCCCCCCUGUGGUCUCUAAAUGGGAGACUGAUCUCCAAGCGGCAGUAACACUCAUUAAGAAAUUGAUAUUUCUCAGAGGGUAUUUAGCAGCCCUGUCGGACAGUAUAGCCAAGAAAAUGAGCACUGGGUGGCACAUAAAGCAAAGAAAUUAAAUGUAAUAAAUGGGCCAACGACACAAAUUAUUCAUGCUGUUUAUUUUGCCCGCGCAUGCUCCUUUACAUACACCGUGGAUGGCUACCUGAAUGUCUGCACGGGUCGUUGUACGGUCAGUGAUCAGGGCAAUGCGUACGUCAGUGCAAAUAUAGGAUAGGUCGGGGGUCAGCAACCCGCGGCUCUCGAGCCACAUGCGGCUCUCGAGCCACAUGCGGCUCUUUAGCGGCGCCCUGGUGGCUCCAUGGAGCUUUUUCGAAAAUGUAUGGAAAUCGGGUGAAAAGUUUCUGUAGUUUCUGUAGGAGGACAAACAUGACACACACCAUCCUAAUUGUUAGAAAGCCCACUGUUUAAUAGGUUUGUGUUUAUGCUUCACUGAUGAGAGUAUUUGGCGAGCGCAAUUUUGUCCUACUAAUUUCAGCGGCUCUUGAACUCACCGUUGUGUGUGUGGCCUGUGUCCUCAGCAGUUUGUUUACAUGUACAACUUUCUCCAACGCUGCCACAGAGACGUGUUUUAUGCCACUCCUUUGUCUCAUUUUGACCACCAAACAUUUUAUGCUGAGGUUGAAUUGACAAAGGUGAGCUUUGUUGAUGUGAUUGACUUGUUGGAGUGCUAAUCAGACAUAUUUGGUCAAUGCAUGACUGCAGGCUAAUUGAUACUAACAUGCUAUUUAGGCAUAUUACAUCAUUAUGCCUCAUUUGUAGGUAUAUUUGGUCUCAUUUAAUUUAUUUUACUUAUGUUAAGUUUAUUUUUCCAUGUUUCAUGACACAUUAUCUGUUUGUACAAACCCUGUUUCCAUAUGAGUUGGGAAAUUGUGUUAGAUGUAAAUAUAAACGGAAUACAAUGAUUUGCAAAUCAUUUUCAACCCAUAUUCAUUUGAAUAUGCUACAAAGACAACACAUUUGAUGUUUAAACUGAUCAACUUUUUUUUUUUUUGCAAAUCAUUAACUUUAGAAGGUAUUCGGAGUGGAAUGUUCAAAAUGAACAUGCAACAUUUGUGAUGUUUAAACUGUGUUUUUACAUAAUUAGCAGACUAAAUACAAUCGGAUAUGGUCUAAGGCAGGGGUCACCAACCUUUUUGAAACCAAGAGAUACUUCUUGAGUACUGAUUAAUGCGAAGGGCUACCAGUUUGAUACACACUUAAAUAAAUUGCCAGAAAUAGCCAAUUUGCUCAAUCUACCUUUUAAUAAAUAAAUCUAUAUAUAUAAAAAGAAAGGGUAUUUCUGUCUGCCGUUCCGCCGUACAUUUUUUUUUCCUUUUACGGAAGGUUUUUUGUAGAGAAUAAAUGAUGAAAAAAACACUUAAUAGAACGGUUUAAAAGAGGAGAAAACGGGGAAAAAACUAAAAUAAAAUUUUGAAACAUAGUUUAUCUUCAAUUUCGACUCUUUUAAAAUUCAACCGAAAAAAAGAGGAGAAAAACUCGUUAAUUCGAAUCUUUUUGAAAAUUUAAAAAAAUAAUUCAUGGAACAUCAUUAGUAAUUUUUCCUGAUUAAGAUUCAUUUUAGAAUUUUGAUGACAUGUUUUAAAUAGGUUUAAAUCCAAUCUGCACUUUGUUGGAGUAUAUAACAAAUUGGACCAAGCUAUAUUUCAAACAAAAACAAAAAUUUUAAAAGAAAUUAAAGACUUUGAAAUAAAAUUUAGAUUUGAUUCUACAGAUUUUCUAGAUUUGCCAGAAUAUUUUUGGGGAAUUUUAAUCAUAAGUUUGAAGGAAUAUUUCACAAAUAUUCUUCGUCGAAAAAACAGAAGCUAAAAUGAAGAAUUAAAUUAAAAUGUAUUUAUUAUUCUUUACUAUAAAAAAAGAAACUUAAACAUUGAUUUAAAUUGUCAGGAAAGAAGAGGAAAGAAUUUAAAAGAUAAAAAAGUAUAUGUGUUUAAAAGUCCUAAAAUAAUUUUUAAAAUUGUAUUUUUUCUCUAAAGUUAUCUUUCUGAAAGUUAUAAGAAGCAAAGUAAAAAAAAUCAAUUAAUUUAUUUAAACAAGUGAAGACCAAGUCUUUAAAAAAAUUUUAUUGGAUUUUAAAAUUCUAUUUGAGUUUUGUCUCUCUUAGAAUUAAAAAUGUCGAGCAAAGCGAGACCAGCUUGCAAGUAAAUGAAUAAAAUUUAAAAAAAAGAGGCAGCUCACUGGUAAGUGCUGCUAUUUGAGCUAUUUUUGGAACAGGCCAGCGGGCGACUCAUCUGGUCCUUACGGGCGACCUGGUGCCCGCGGGCACCGCGUUGGUGACCCCUGGUCUAAGGAUACAAUGAAACAUAAUUAAGCAUAUAAAGUCAACUUAUUUUUCCACUCUACUGGUACUUUAAGAAAACGAACAACAUAAACAACAUUAAAUAAACACAGAGCUGAUGCAACCAGCUACCGCUUCAGUGGGGCCAUUUCUACAUACAGCUCUAAAAGUUAAACGACAAAAAAAGCAAGUAAUUAGCAAUAAAUAGUGCAUAUUGCGCACAUGCGAUCGCACCAUUCGUAGACAAACAACAAAACAAAAGAUGAGUAAGGAGACCUCGACUGGUGUGCUUGCUGGCAAAUUUCACUGACUGGACUUCAGGUAAAACUGUAACAGAAUUUGAGCAAAGAAAUGACAUGCAUUCAAAUAAAACAUUAAAGAAUGGUCCUGUUUGACAUUCUGACAAUAACAUUCAAUUUGUGUUGAAAUAUUGGGGUCUUAAGUGUAUUAAAAAUAUGCAAAUGAGUAGCUGUAAUUAACCCAAAUACAAAAGUGUGAUUAAUUUGAUCCAAAUAAUUUGACAGCAUUAAUUGUAACGUAAUACAAUUCUGUGUGACACGUCGACAGAAAAGGUUUACAUUUAUUUGCCAUUUUAUUUAUUGACACAAUGUAAGCCAUUAAAUUGUUGACAUUGA